CCAAAAUAUAAAGCUAUAAACAAAAGAGCGUCACAACACGGAAAUGUGCUAUACAAUGCUAAAAAUUAAAAAAAUGGGAUGUGCGACCCAACGUUUUAAAGAAUUAGAUUAACUCGCUAUAAAGGUGAAACGUUAUAAUUUAACACGAUUUUGAAAGUGUGGGCAAAACAAUGACAUAACUGCAUCAAACAUCUAAAAUCUCACAAAAUUCUAAUGUUCAACAAAUUUACCAAAUCUUUAAACGCUCUUACUCAAUUCCUAGACAACUCUUGUCAAACCAAGAAUCUGAAACACAUUAAGAAUCUUUAUGGUCACUUAAUCACUACAGGUUCACUCUGUGUAGCUCCUUAUAUCCACACUAAACUCAUUUUUCUAUACACCACAUCCCAUACUCAAGAAACCCAACUUAAAACCCUAACAAAUUGCUGCAAAAUCUUAAACCCUAAUGAUCCAUUACCCUUCAAUUUAUUAUUAUCUGAUUUUUGUAAAAAUGGGUGUCCUCUAUAUGCUGUAAAAAUCUUAAAUUUUAUGCAUAAAAAUAGUGUUUCUUUAGAUACUUAUGCAUUGUGUAGUUCUUUAGUAGCUUCAUGUUGUAUGAAAAACGUGAGGUUUGGGGAACAGAUACAUACCCAUGUGAUUAAAUUAGGUUGGUUGUGCAGUGUGUUUGUGGGUAGUGCUUUGGUGGAUUUGUAUGCUAAAUUGUCAUUUCUGAGGGAUGCAGCUAGGGUGUUUGAUGAAAUUCCUGUGAGGAAUACGGUUUGUGCAAAUGCGCUUUUGUCGGGGUUUAUUGAAGCUAAAUUGUGGAAUCAGGGUGUUGAGUUGAUUAAAGAGAUGCCGGUUUUGAAUUUGGUUUACGAUCGUUUCACUUUCUCGGCAAUGCUGAGGAUUUCGGCGGGACUUCCUGCAGUUGAAUUUGGCAAGGAAGUGCAUGGUCUUGUAAUCCGUAGAGUUUAUGGCGACUUGGAGAGUGAUGUUUUCAUGCAGAGUUCGUUAAUCGAAAUGUAUGGCAAGUGUGGACAUGUGAAUCAGGCUCUGCGGGUCUUUAACAUGGCAGGAUUUAGAAUUGGAAGAAAUAUAAAUAGAGAUAUCGUUUUGUGGACUUCUAUGCUUGGUGUCUUCGGUAGAAAUGGGCAGUUCGAGGAGGUGAUUGCUUUGUUCAAGGAGAUGUUGAAAGAAGGGAUGAAACCAGAUGGGGUGGCAUAUGUUACGGUCAUCUCAGCUUGUGGUCACACUGGUCAAGUGGAACUCGGAAUUGAAUAUUUCGAGUCGAUGUCUAGAGACUUUAACAUAAAUCCCAGCCCGGAGCAUUAUAGUUGUGUAGUUGAUUUGUUUUGUAGGGCUGGUCAGUUGGAUAAAGCUUGGAAGGUGGUGGACGAAUUGCUCACAAAAGGACAUGGUAACUACAGCAUUUCUAUGUGGGGCGCUUUGCUUAGUGCUUGCGAGAAAAAUGGAAUUCUGGAGUUGGGGGAAGUGGCUGCUCAAGAGGCACUUAAGUUGGAGCCGCAAAAUGUAGGGAUCUAUAUGAUGCUAUCAAAUUUAUAUGCAAAGUUGGGCAAGUGGGACGAGAUUAAGCACCUUAGGGAAAUAAUGAAAGAGAGACAAUUGAAAAAAGAUGUUGGGUGUAGUUGGAUCGAGAUCACAAGUUAAGGAAAAUUCUUGCAUAAACUGGGUCUUCAUAGAACAAACUCAUAUAGCAUCCACUAUUUUCGCAUCAUGUAACGAAUUCAUACGAGUGGUCCAUGAAAACCCGAGUUAGGUAAGAAGUGUCCCACAAGUUAAAUGCAGGGGUGCUAUUCUGAAAGAUGAUUAAAGAGCAAUUACACUUGAUUAUCGAGGGAUGUCAGGGAUUUAAGAUCAAAUGCACAGAUGACUGACUGACCUAUUGUGAAUCCUGAAAUUUCAGAGUAGUCAAAUGGAUGUGGCAUGUAAAGAAACUGUAAAUUGAAGAGUUGAAUAUAUGGUAGAGCUCGAGUAUAUUCAAUGCUACCUGAGCAUGAGAAGGGAGUUAAUAUGAUAUCUUAGAGCUUAUAGAAUCACUUGCAUAGCAUUAUUUGGUGUCGGAAAUGGCGGUCUUCAGCAAAAAUACACAAUGAAGCCUCGAUGCUUUUGUUUCAAUGGAAACAGAUAAAACGUCAAAUGGCGAAUGUUACUCGGUUAUGUGGAGGCGAUGGCGUAUACCAUAGGUGAAAUUUAUAAAAAUCAACUAUGAUGGCGCUGUUUUCAACAAAAGCACUCGCUAUUAGAAGUAAUAAGAUAGUAGAGAUUAAUAAUGUUGGUACUUUAUUCUUUUUUCUUGAUAUUCAAACUCUUUUCAAAUAGUUAUACUUGGUGUUUCUAUUGUUUAUAUUCAUAGAUCAGCAAAUUCGAUUGCUCA